CCCGGGUUGGGGCCGGUGGCGGGAGCUGGAGCAGCGGCAGUGCGGCGCGGCGAUGGCGGCGCACUUGGCGGACGUGAGCUGGAAGGUGGUGGAGCUGCGAGCCCGCUCCAAGCGCUCAGCUUUGAAAAUUGCUGUAGUUUAGCCUGAGACGUUUGACAUUAGCUGCACCAAUUUGAAAUGGCCAAUUUGGAUGAUGACAGAGCCUCUUCUGCACGUGCUUUCUCGAGGUUUGGUUCAAUUUAUGAGCCAAUUAAAAGCAUUAAUCUUCCAAGGCCAGAUGGAGAAAGUCUGUGGGAUAAACUGGAUCAUUAUUAUAGAAUUGUGAAGUCAACCGUGUUGCUCUAUCAGAGUCCAACCACAGGUCUCUUUCCCACAAAAACGUUUGGUGACAACCAAAAGGCAAAGGUUCAUGACAGUCUUUACUGUGCUGCAUGUGCUUGGGCAUUAGCACUUGCAUACAGGCGUAUUGAUGAUGACAAAGGACGGACUCAUGAGCUGGAGCAUUCUGCUAUAAAAUGUAUGAGAGGAAUUCUCUACUGCUACAUGCGUCAGGCUGAUAAGGUUCAGCAGUUUAAGCAAGAUCCCAGGCCAUCCAAAUGCCUUCAUUCUGUUUUCAAUGCACAUACUGGAGAUGAAGUCUUUUCCCAUGAAGAAUAUGGUCAUCUUCAGAUAAAUGCUGUGUCACUAUUUCUUCUCUACCUGGUUGAAAUGAUUUCCUCAGGACUACAGAUUAUCUACAACACAGAUGAGGUAUCCUUCAUCCAGAACCUUGUCUUUUGUGUGGAAAGAGCAUAUCGAGUACCCGAUUUUGGUGUCUGGGAAAGAGGAAGUAAAUACAACAAUGGGAGCACAGAUUUACAUUCAAGCUCUGUUGGGUUAGCAAAAGCAGCUCUAGAAGCAAUUAAUGGAUUCAAUCUUUUUGGCAAUCAGGGUUGUUCUUGGUCUGUCAUAUUUGUGGAUCUUGAUGCCCAUAACAGAAACAGACAAACUCUGUGCUCAUUGCUGCCCCGAGAAUCAAGGUCUCAUAAUACAGAUGCGGCUCUCCUACCCUGCAUUAGUUAUCCUGCUUUUGCUGUGGAUGAUGAAGCUUUGUUCAAUCAAACACUUGAUAAGGUUGUUAGAAAACUAAAAGGAAAAUAUGGGCUAAAACGAUUUUUGAGAGAUGGGUAUCGAACUGCUUUGGAGGAUAAAACGCGGCGCUAUUAUAAACCAGCAGAAAUUAAGCUGUUUGAUGGGAUUGAAUGUGAAUUUCCUCUCUUUUUUAUUUUCCUGAUGAUUGAUGGAGUUUUCAGAGGGAAGUCUGAGCAAGUAAAGGAGUGUCAGGAGCUUCUGGAUCCUGUGCUUCAACAUACAACAGAAGGACAUCCUGUUGUACCUAGGUACUAUUAUGUGCCAGCUGACUUUGUUGAAUUAGAGAAGAAAAAUCCUGGUAGUCAAAAACGAUUUCCUAGCAACAGUGGACGGGAUGGAAAGCUUUUUUUGUGGGGACAGGCCAUUUACAUCAUUGCAAAACUCCUAGUUGAUGAAUUGAUAAGUCCUAAAGACAUUGACCCAGUAGGCCGUUAUAUACCUCUACAAGAUCAGCGGAACAUUAGCAUGAGAUACUCAAAUCAGGGGCCUCUAGAAAAUGAUUUGGUCAUCCAUGUGGCUUUGAUAGCAGAAAGUCAACGCCUACAAGUUUUUCUGAACACAUAUGGAAUUCAAACGCAAACUCCGCAACAGGUGGAACCUAUUCAGAUAUGGGCUCAGCAGGAACUUGUCAAAGCUUACUUCCAUUUGGGAAUCAAUGACAAACUAGGAUUAUCUGGAAGACCUGACAGGCCUAUAGGAUGCCUUGGAACAUCAAAGAUUUAUCGCAUACUAGGAAAGACUGUAGUUUGUUACCCAAUCAUUUUUGAUCUAAGUGACUUCUACAUGUCUCAGGAUGUUAUGAUGUUGAUUGAUGACAUUAAGAAUGCAUUGCAGUUCAUUAAGCAGUAUUGGAAAAUGCAUGGUCGCCCCUUGUUCCUUGUGCUCAUCCGUGAAGAUAACAUAAGGGGAAGCAGAUUCAAUCCAAUAUUGGAUAUGCUGGCAGACUUUAAAAAGGGAAUCAUUGGAGGAGUGAAGGUUCAUGUUGAUAGAGUUCAGACUUUAAUAUCUGGUGCAGUUGUUGAACAACUUGACUUCCUAAGAAUCAGUGAAUCAGAGCCUCCUGUGUUUAAGAGUUUGGAGGAGUUGGAACUUCCAAAACAUUCAAAAGUCAAGAGACAAUCUAGUACUCCAAAUGUUUCUGAACUCGAACAGCAACCGGAAAUAAAUAUUAAUGAUUGGAAAGACAGAUCAACUUAUGAAAUUCUUCAGAAACUGAAUGACUGCAAUUGCUUAGCAAGUCAAGCAUUAUUGUUGAGUGUUUUGCUGAAAAGGGAAGGACCGAAUUUCAUCACCAAGGAAGGUACAGUCUCUGACCAUAUUGAAAGAAUCUACAGACGUGCUGGUAGCAAAAAGCUCUGGUCUGUUGUGCGCUUCGCAGCAAGUCUUUUAGGUAAACUAGUGGACAGCCUUGCACCAUCUAUUACUAAUGUUUUAGUUCAGGGCAAACAGGUAACUCUUGGAGCUUUCGGCCAAGAAGAAGAAGAAGUUAUUUCUAACCCUCUAUCCCCAGGAGUGAUUAAGAACAUCAUUUACAAUAAUUGCAAUUUACAAGAUCAAAGGGAAGCUGUUAUUCAGCAAGAACUUGUCAUACAUAUUGGCUGGAUCAUCUCAAACUCACCUGAACUUUUCAGUGGCAUGUUAAAAAUACGUGUUGGAUGGAUUAUCCAUGCUAUGAAGUAUGAACUAAAAUUUCGUGCUGGAGAUAUGCCUGCUAUGGACUUAUAUCAGCUGUCUCCUAGUGAAGUGAAGCAACUUCUGUUGGAUAUUCUUCAACCGCAGCAGCAAGGAAGAUGUUGGCUUUAUAGACGUCAAAUAGAUGGUUGUCUGAAUCGAACUCCUCCUGGUUUCUAUGACAGGGUGUGGCAGAUCUUGGAGAGAACACCCAAUGGUUUAAUAGUAGCAGAAAAAUACUUACCACAGCAACCAACAUUAUCUGAUAUGACCAUGUAUGAGAUGAAUUUUUCCCUUCUAGUUGAAGACAUUUUGCAAAACAUUGACCAGCCUGAAUACAGACAAAUUAUUGUUGAGUUGUUAAUGGUGAUAUCUGUUGUGUUGGAGAGAAACCCUGAAUUAGAGUUUCAGGACAAGGUGGAUUUGGACAAAUUGGUGAAGGAAGCAUUUCACGAUUUCCAGAAAGACCAGAACAAACUAAAGGGAGUUGAAAAACAGGAUGAUAUGACCUCCUUUUACAACACUCCCGCGAUAGGAAAAAGAGGAACAUGCAGCUACUUGACUAAGGCGGUGAUGAAUUUAUUGUUGGAAGGAGAAAUGAAGCCAAGCAGUGAUGACCCGUGUACUAUUAGUUAAGCCUCAGAAAAAACAAGAAGCAUUGCUUAUUUUGGUUUUACUGUAUUUUGCAUGUGAUAUUAAAUUUCUGUUUUGAAGAGUAGCAAUGAGCUGUGCUAGAAAUCUAUACCAUCCUUCACUGAGAGAAGUACAAAUAGUACAUGCCACAAGUGAGUAUUUGGCAAUAAAAAUAGUAUAAAGAAACACUGUCAAUCGUAAUGAAUAAUUAUAAAUGUCAGAAUAAUGUGCUGACUAAAAAUUAUGCAUGCCUCAUGACAACAGCUCAUAUCAAGUGUAAUCCCUAUAAUAUUUAAGUAAAAUUGCAUUGCUUGUACUUAUGAGUAGGCAUCUUAAAUAAUGCUCUGAAAUUAUUUACACACUGUUAACACUAGUUUAAGAUUUAGUCUCUUUUCCUCCAUUUGUACUAUAAUUCUAUACAACAUUUAUUGUAAAUGCUGAACGAUAUACAGCUGAAAUAUUUUUAAAACUAUAUAUUUGAUCUAUCAUUUCAUUACAAAGCUGUUAACUUUGAAAAUUAAGAAAGGUUUUGUACUUGGACAGUUUAGAUAAAUUGGAGGUAAAAACAAUAUUCUUCAUAUUCUGCGUAAUAUAUUUUCUUUAAAAAUUUAGUUUAGUUGAUACAAAUAUAUCAAAAUUGCUUAGAGGUUUAAUUUAGCAUUUAACUUGCUUUGCACAGAUUAAAUCGCAAUAGAAAAUGAAUAUAAAUUAUGAAGAUAAAAUAGCAUUUUAUAGUUCAAUAAAUGUCACUGCAUCUGGCUGAUUUUUUUCUAAAUUUUGUAUAGGCUCUAAAUUAACACUGGAAAUAUUAUUUAAUAUGGGAAUAGAAUUUUUAAAAUGCAGCUAAGAGAAAGUAAAAUCAGGGCCAUAAUGUAAGAGAAUCAUUUUAAAUGUAUGCAUUCGAAUUCUUUCUUACAUUGACAGCUCUGGUCUCCCUCUACAUCCUGAGUGGAGUCUACAAAUUCUAACUGUAUUAUUUUUGUAGAAAGUAACUUUCAGAUGUUAUCAUAAAAUCUUACUUUCCCUGUUGGUUACAAUGCCCAUAGUCUGAUACAAGGACUCCCAUUCACUUUAAUGAGCAUUGAAUAUAUGUCGGUAAACAAAUGAUAUUCUAUUUUGCUAUAAGAAUCCUGUUAAAAUGUUUGGUUUCUGUGCAAAGAUCAUCUAAUGUUGGUUGAUGAGAAAUAUGUUUACAAUAAAUUAACUUUCUUUAAAA